CCUGUCAGUGCCCAGCAAUACCACCUUCAAUGCCACAUAUCAAUGCCUACCAGUGCACAUCAAUGCCACAUAUCAGUGCCCAUCAGAGCUGCCUUUCAGUGCCAGGCAGUGCCGCCUAUCAGUGCCACCUAUCAGUGCUCAUCAGUGCCGCCUAUCAGUGCCAUAUAUGAGUGCUGCCUUUCAGAGCCCAUCAGUGAUGCCUGUCAAUGCCCACAAGUGAUGCCUGUUAAUGCCCAUCAGUGCCACCUAUCAGUGCCUCCUCAUCAGUGCUGCCUAUCAGUGCCGCCUAUUAGUGCCCAUCACUGCAACCUCAUUAGCGCACAUCAG